UUCCUCAGCAUUCAGCGGAGGUUCUGUGGAAAAAGGGGUAAAACGAUGGAGGAGUUUGACUGAAAUACGACGCUAAACCAUCGUAAAAUCCUUUCCCUUGAGUUACUAGACGAUGGCCGUUCCUGAACCGGUCAAUUCCAGGGUAUAUAUUGGUGGUUUGGGCGAACAAGCUGUGGUGCAGGAUCUGGAAGGGCUGCUCAAGGAUUACCAACCGUAUCGCGACCUGACCUUGCUGCGCGGUUUCGGCUUCGUGCAGUUCCACGACGAACAAUCGGCUCAAAACGCAAUCAAAGGCUUGAACGGAAAAGUGUUUAGCGGACGAAAGCUGACUGUGAAGGUGGCGAACGAUAAUAGAGCCAAGAAGGGGUUGUUGCCUAGGGGUCAUCCUCUGCAGGGCGCUGCCCUCCCGGGACCGUUGCGGGAUCGCUCGCCAAUAAACAUGCCAGCUUCCGGGCGCAGCGAGGACAAUGCACUGCAUUUGUUGGAUGUGGCUCCUUAUGCUACUCAAUCAUUCGGACCACCCGACCUCAGUGGAGCGUAUGCCGAGGCAGGCAUACCGGCUAGACCCUUGCACCGAGCACCGGGAUUACCUCCAGAAAGCAAUGACUGCGAAAUAAUCGUGGUCAACAAAGAGCUCACCGCUUACGCGGAGAGCAUUGAAGCACGGCUGAAGCGGGCGGGAAUGACCGUAGAUCUCCUGUUUCCCAACAACGACGUUCCCAUCGGAAAAGUGCUAACAAAUAUAGCAUCACGCGGGAGUUUUUAUGCGAUUCUGAUAACUCCGGAGAAUCAGGAACGCAACAGUAUCACCGUGAACGUGCUUUACGGCAUUCCCGCAGAACACCGCAACAUGCCGAAAGAUGAUGCUGUGAUGUUCAUUAUCAAUCACUUUACAGCGAAAAACAGACAAGAACGGGCACCCAUGGCAUUUCCCCCCAUGAAUAGUUUCCACGAAAUAACACCUGCUGCUCCUGUACCUCCUGUUCCCGUCACCAUGACGGACCAACCUUUGUCCCACGAAAAGCAUCCAGAAGCAAUACAAAAUAUGAUCAAUCUGUUGGCUGCAAAUCGUUCGCUGACUGUCCUUCAGUAUGAACGUCUGAUCAAGUAUUUGAGCGAACGCAAGGAAGCGCAAAUUCGCAUCGAGCUGGGCGAAGAUCCGGAGGACACUACUAAUUCACUCAUCAGCUCCAGCGCUCCUGCAGCUCCAGCUGCCAAAACUAAAGGAGCUACCGAAAAGGAGCUCGAGAAAAAGAUUCUUGAUAUUUUGAACAAGCCAUCCAUUGUCGGCGUAGCAAAAGCCGCUAAUCCCGUCGAGUUUCUUGAAAGGAAAGGAGCAAGCGCGACACCGCUUCCAACAUGCCAUCUGCUAUACGAUCCGAAAGUACAACGCGCUUUAGAUUCGCUGCUGCAAGGACAACUGUUCAUGAAAUUUACUGGCUAAAUAAAUCAGUUUCGAGUAUGAAAAAUGCA